AUGUCUUCUGAUGAAGAGGAUCCUGAUUGCCCUUUAUGUAUGGAAGAAUUGGACAUUGCUGACAGAAACUUUAGGCCAUGUCCUUGCGGUUAUCAGAUCUGUCGUUUUUGUUGGCAUCACAUCAAAACUAACCUCAAUGGUCGAUGCCCUGCUUGUAGAAGGCUGUACAGCGAACAAAUUGUCGAGUUUAUUCCUGUCAGUGCAGAAGAAAUUAUGCGUUUAAAGAAAGAAAAGAAAGAAAAGGACCGUCAAACACGAGAAAUGCGAGAUCCAACCAGAAGACAGCUUUCCAAUGUACGAGUUGUCCAAAAGAACUUGGUUUAUGUUCUUGGCAUGAGCUCGAAAUAUGCCUAUGCAGAUAACGAGAUCUUUAGAAAGUAUGGCAAAAUUGAUAAAGUGGUCAUCAGUAAACGCUCAAUCACUACAAAUACUAAUGCUUCGGUCGGAAUCUAUGUGACAUUUGCAAAGAAAGAGGACGCAUGUAAAGCAAUCGAAGGUUUAAAUGGAAUAGAGAUUGACGGUAAAACUAUCAGAGCGUCCUAUGGAACAACUAAAUAUUGCACUUACUACUUGAGGCAUAUGGCUUGUCCUAAUCCAAACUGUAUGUAUUUGCAUGAACCCGGUGAUGAUGUGGAUAGCUACAAUAAAGAUACAGUAGCAAUUGGGUAA